CUCAUAAUCUACCUUGUCAACCUGACUGGGAAUGGCUUUAUGGUUCUUCUGAUCACUACAGAAACCCAUUUGCACACUCCUAUGUUUUUCCUUGGCAACCUAUCAUUUCUUGACAUUUGUUGAAGCAGUAGCAGUGUCCCACAGGCCUUGGUCACCGGCAUCACUAAGAGAACCACCAUUUCCUUCAUUGGCUGCAUGGCUCAAAUACACAUUAGCCUAUACUUUCGGACCACAGAAUGUCUUCUCCUGGUUGUUAUGGCAUAUGACCACUUUAUGGCCAUAUGUAGUUCCUUGCAUUACACAUUGAUCAUGAACUGGAGACUCUGGAGAUUAUUGCACAGGAAAACAGAUAUGGGUUACAUGCGGUUUGUCUGUGCUUCCAAUGUCAUUAGUCACUUUACAUGUGAGGCUCUAAAAGUUGGCAAGCUCAACUGUGUCAACACUCACCUCAGUGACAUUGUUUCCUUUAUCAAUACUGCAACUGUUCUUGUCCAUUUUGUUUUCAUCUUGAUGACAUACUUGUGCAUUGGUAUAUAUCCAGGGUUACACCAGGGUUACAGAAAGGCCUUUGCAACUUGUAGCUCUCACUUGACAGUAGUUGGCAUCUUCUGUGAUUCAACCAUGUUUAUAUACCUUCAAACAAAAUCUAAAAAUGCCAUAGACAAGGACAAAAUUAUUUCUGUUUUUUAUGGUGCAAUGGCGCCAAUGCUCAAUCCUCUCAUAUACAGCCUGAGGAACAAGGAUGUGAAAAAUGCCCUGAAGAAACUUCUUGGAAGGAAGAUAAGUAAAGAAUCAGCUCCUGGAAAUUUUUUAAUAGAUUUGUUCAUGCUUGCUGGCUCAUUACCAACUCUGUAG